UCUGCCAACAUGGCGCCAAGAACAGCCUCCACGCAUGCGGAAGCACUCAGGGUAUCAUACGUGGUGGCGCUCACCAUCGCGUUGCUCGCGCCGUGCUGCGUGGCAUCGUCGAGGUCGCUGCUGCUCUCCUCCUCCUUUGCCGAUGCGCCGGAAGGCAGCCAAGCUGCCGCCCCGGCGCCGGCGGUGCUGGAGUCGCCGCCGGUGGAUGAUAUAAUCCCACCGAUGCCAUCGCCGGAGUCUGCCCCUUUAAUGCCCGAAUCCCCGGCGCCGGCGGUGCUAGAGCCGCCGGCUGCGGAUACAGCCCCGCCGCUGCAACCGCCGGAGCCGGCCCCCGUCGCCGCCGCGCCGCCGCCGUUGAAGGGCUCCCACGGCCAGCACGGGAAGAAGAGCAAGCACGGCGACCACGACAAGGCGCCGUCGCCCAAGGCGAAGAAGCACCACCCGAAGGCGCCGCCCAAGCACCACGGGCGCCACCACGCUCCUCCGCCGGAGCCGGACAUCUCGCCACCCGCGCCGCCGGCGGAGUCGCCGGACGACGGGCAGCCACCGGCCGCGCCGGGGCCGGAUGGACCGCACGCCCAGAGCCCGCCGUGGCCUUUCCCGUGGCCGCACCCGGGGCCAGGGGGCAAGUGGCCCCCGCUGCCUCCAUUCCCGUUCCACCCGCCGCCGGCCCCCGCGUGGCCGUGGCCGCACAACCCGUGGCCGCCGCUUCCCCCGUUCCACCCGCCGCCGUUCCCCGGGCCGGGCGGCAAGUGGCCGCCGCUGCCCCCGUUCCCGUUCCACCCGCCGCCAACUCCGGCGUGGCCGCACCCGGGGACAGGGGGCAAGUGGCCGCCGUUGCCACCGUUCCCGUUCCACCCGCCGCCUCUCCCGGCGUGGCCGUGGCCGCACCCGGGCAAGCCGUGGACGCCUGCCCCGCCGUCCUUGCACGGCAAUGAUGGCGUCCCAUCGACGACGGCGCAGCAGAAACCCGAGAACUGACGCGCAUGCGCGUGCUCUCGGCCUCCAAGCUUGGAUGAUUGCUAGCUGCAACUACUCCAGGUAACAGUACAGGAGUGAUAACAAUAAAUUUGUGUUUCAGUAGGACGAGAGAUUUGUGAGUCAUUCAUGAUGGUUUGGUAAUUUGUAACCGCUCAAGAGCCAUUCAUGAAUAACCGCUCAAGAGCCAUUAAUGAAUAUUGACAUGAAUAAAAUCACGCGACAGAUUCAACGU